AUGUAUCGUUCUGUUGUUUGUGCCCUUCAAUAUGCCACUAUUACUCGUUCAAUGAUCUCAUAUGCUGUUAACAAAGUUUGCCAGUUCAUGUCUCAUCCAUCUGAAGCUCAUUGGAUUACGGUUAAGCACAUUUUUCGGUAUCUCAAGGGUACUGUUGACUACAGGAUGCAUCUUUUCCCUCUCUCCAGGUAUCAACCCUUCCCUAUUCGGGCGUUUUGUGAUACCGAUUGGGCUUUUGACCCCGAUGACAGACGGAGUACAUCUGGUGCUGCUAUUUACUUUGGGCCGAAUCUUAUUGCUUGGUGGUCUCGUAAGCGACCUGUUGUUGCCCGAUCCAACACUGAGGCCGAGUAUUGGAGUCUGGCUCAUGUUACUGCAGAAAUCUUGUGGAUUCAAACACUGCUUGCUGAAUUACAUGUUCCCUCUGCCACUCCUCUCACUCUCUGUGAACUGCGCACGACGGUGGUGAGAUCCUCCUCAGUUAGUUCCUUCACAUUUGGUAACAACCGCGCACGGUAA